CGGCUCCGUCCCCGUCCCCGCCCGGCCAUGGAUCGCUACGUCCUGCUCCUCAGCUGGGGGCAGCGCAGGGCCGAGGGCGGCCCGGGGACAGCUGGGACUGCUGCAAACGUUUAUCAGUUCCUGAAGGAAAGCUGUAACUCAUCUUUAAAUGCAGAUGUGAAAGCAUUCCCAGCAUGUUCAGUGGCUGGUAUUCCAGGUGUAAAGAAAUGGUAUUUCGCAAGUCAUGUUAUAUGUGGUUAUUAUCAGUUCUGCAGUUCUGACUGGGAGGAAAUAAAUUUUGACACACAGAAAAAUGAAGACCCUCUCCACGCAAGUAUUGAUGAAUGCCUGGGAGCCAUACAGAAUUUUGAGGAAGAAGACAAUAACAGUAGAGAGUCGCUGUCUAUGGCUGAUAUCUAUGAUGAAGCUGCAGAAAGUCUGCAUCAGUUAGCUGAUAAACUUCCUGCCCCAGGCAGAGCAAUGGUUGAUGUAAUACUACAGGCUGUUGAACGAGAUGGACCGAAGUUAAAAGACUGUUUACCUGCUAUUGGUGCCCUGAAACACCUGAGAGAAUGGCACGCUGCACAAAUCACCAUUGCAACCAAUGACUCUAAAAGUAGCUGGCAAAAGAUUGCAGACUAUCUAUCAGCAGGCUUUGUAUCUUCAGAAAAUAUCUUGAAUAUUAUUGAUUCAAAAGAACUCUGGAGAGGAAAGAUUCAGAUAUGGGAAAGAAAGUUUGGAUCAGAAGUUAGGUUUCCAGAAUUUUGUUUGAAGAGCAUGUCAGCAAAAACAUUCAGCACUUCACAUUUGAGUUCUUCCUUUGCUGUUAAAAAAGAGCCACAAUUGAGAAAUACUGAUGCUUUGCCAGAGGUUUUCCAUUACUAUGGUCCUGCACUAGAAUAUUUACAGAUGGUAUUGCUCUCUGAUCUACCUUCCUUUUUUAUAUCAGAUCUGGAAUUCGAGCUGAGUCUGGCAAGAAAGAAUAUCAAGGAGACAUGUUCGUUGCUUUUGGACCAGAUUUCUUCUCUCUCUGGGAAGGUGGGAGCUCUCUUUACAUUGCCAUGUAAUGUAAGCAGUGUAGUGAUCCCAUCCCCUGCUCAGUUGAGUACCAAAAAAUGGAAGGAAUACAUGGCCAGAAAACCCAAGGUCAUUACUGUUCCAGAAGUUGAACUGAAGGGAGAAUCUUGCCGAUACUAUUUCUUGUUACAAGGCAAUGGCUCUGGAGGAUGUAAAGCAACCUUGAUUCAUUCAGCUACCCAGAUUAAUGGCAUGGCCACUCUUGCUGUAAUAACUGGGAAGUUAAAGAUAAAAGCAGAAGAAACAGAGUCAAGCUGUUGUGUUGCUGAUUUUAUCAAGUGUCUGCCACGUUUUAGUGGAGAGGAGAUAGUACAGAGAGAAAAGAAACUGUCUUGUCUUCAAGUGUUUGCCUUGAAGGAAUAUCUCAAGAGAAAGGAACUGAUUGAGCAGCCUCCAGUUAUUUCUACUAAGGAGUUCAAAAACUUGCUAGAACUUACAAGAGAGUAUUUUUUGGACCUGUGUAGCACUAGUCUUCCUAAAGCUGUUCUGCUGAAAGUUUCCAAUAACACUAGGUCAUGCACUGUGACUUCUGAAUCUGAUUUAAUGGAGCCAAAUCCAUUGGAGUGGCCAGAAAGACAUGUUCUUCAGAAUUUGGAAAACUUUGAAAAAAACAAGCAAAAAAUGAGGGUUCCUAUGUUUGCACAUUCAUCUGAACAAUUGCUGGGGCAUAAAGAUAGCCAGCGAGAGUCAUUGACAUUGCUUGAUGCUAAAGAAUUACUGAAAUACUUCACACCAGAAGGGCUACCAGUUGGUGAUCUUCAGCCACUCCAAGUUCCCAAAAGUGACAAUGCAUUCCUUUUGACACCAGAGCUUACUCCUCGGAAACUCAGAGGUUUGCCUUUUGAAAAAGCAGCUGGAUGCCAUUAUCAUGGACUUGAAUACUGUCUGGAUAACAGAAGAGCCUUAGAGAGAGAUGUGGGAUAUGCUGAACUUCAAACUCGUCUUAUUCGCUAUGAGACUCAGACUACUUGCACCAAGGAGUGCUGCCCUGUGCCUGUUGUCUUGAGCCCUCUUCCAUCUCCUGCAGUCUUGUCAGAGCCUGGAAGUGUCCCUGAUGGAGAGUCUUUACAAAGUGAAUUCAAAACAGAAGCAUCAAGGCUAAAACGCAGAUCUAAAGACUUGGAUUACUUUUAUCCCCAGAAGAGGCUGACCAAGUCUGAGAGCACAGAUUCUCUCCUCUCUCAGGCCAGUGGGAGCAGUGGGGGUCCUUGCACAGUUGCUGCAGGGAAGCAGCACCCUGACACAUCAGUGUCUGUAGCUCCAGCGCCUCUGAAGCCGCCUGGGCUGCCCCACAGAGGAGCCACCAGGGCUGGGUCAGCACCUUGCCCGAGGGCAACUGAAUCUGAGACUUCAAAGCCAGCGAAGGAAUCAAGAUCUCAGAAGCAUACCAGGAUGCUGAAGGAAGUGGUUGCAAAGACUCUUCAAAAACAUGGAGUUGCAGAGGACCACAAGUGCUUUGCAUCGUGCAGCCAGCGUCUAUUUGAGAUAUCAAAGUUCUAUUUAAAGGAUCUUAAAACUUCUAGAGGGCUGCUUGAUGAAAUGAAGAAAACAGCAAACAAUAAUGCUAAACAGGUGAUUGAAUGGGUUUUGGAGAAGACUGGCAAGUAAAGGUACUGACUGGCUGCACUUCACACCUUCCUAGAAAGUGCAGAGAGACUUGAAUUUCCAAGAAAAGCAUUAUACUGCCUAACACAUGCAUAUCUACCUACCAGAUGGACUUUGGUGAGUCUAAUUAUGUAGACUCAGUUCUCAAGCACAGUAGCAUGUUUUGAAACUUUUCAUACUGAAAGUUUUAAUUUUUUAAAAUUUUCAAAAGGAAAAGGUUUUCUUUUAUAUGCAUAUUUAUUCUGUUUCAUUGAUAAAUGGAAUACAGCUUGACUUGGUUUGAUAAAGCUUUGUAUGUUUUUCAACCUGUAUAUUUGUUUUUUAUGUGAA